AUGAUCAACAUCUUCCAUUCUAUUCACAUUACAUCUUUGAAGUACUCUGCUCAAUCUUCCCCUGAAUAUUCUCAGUACGAUGAGUACAUCCGAGUCAUCUCCAGCAGCACCAUCCAGGCACCACCGAGUCAAAACGGCGGCGACUCAGCUCAGAGAAUCGAUUUACCACCAUGGGAUCUCCAAUUCCUGUUACUUGAAACCAUCCAAAAAGGCCUUCUCUUCCACACAAAAAACCACCAAAUCCACCACCUCCAACACUCCCUUUCCUCCACUCUCGCCUUCUUCCCACCCCUCGCCGGCCGUCUCGUCAUCACGCGCCACCAUGACAACAACAACCACACCACCACCGCCACCUCUCACAUCACCUGCAACAACGCCGGCGCACUCUUCGUCCACGCCGCAGCAGAAAACACCUCCGUCGCCGACAUCCUUCAACCCAACUACGUCCCUCCCAUUGUCCACUCCUUCUUCCCACUCAACGGAGCUAAAAACCACGAAGGCACCUCACAGCCGUUGCUGGCAGUGCAGGUGACGGAGCUACUCGACGGAAUCUUCAUCGGCUUCACAGUCAACCACUCUGUCGCCGACGGCAAGUCGUUUUGGCUUUUCAUCAACUCCUGGGCUGAAAUCUCACGGGGUUUUCUCAAACCAUCGAAAUCCCCUGUUUUUCAACGUUGGCUUCCACACAACAUUGAAGUUCCAAUACGGUUUCCAUUCACAGAGAAGCAAGAAGCUCAACAGUGCUCUGAGAAAAUCCUCAACGCUCCCCCUGAGAGAAUCUUCCAUUUCACGAAGGAGAAGAUUGUGGAGCUGAAGGCUAAAGCUAACAUGGAAGCUAACACGAACAGAGUAUCUUCACUGCAAGCGGUUUUGACUCACCUAUGGCGGUCUGUGAUUCGGUGCAAACAGGUUGACCCAGAAGAAGAGGUGAGUUACUUCUUGAUUAUUGGAGCUAGGCCGAGGAUGGUUCCGCCGUUGCCGGAGGAUUAUUUUGGAAACGCGGCGCUGUUUGGUGGUGUCACCGUGAAGGCAGGGGAGCUGGUGGUGGAAGGUGGACUCGGGAAGUGUGCUAUGGAGCUGAAUAAGAUGGUUUCUUUGUACUCUGAUGAGAUGGUGAAGAAGGAGUAUGAGUGUUGGGUGAGGACCCCGAAGCUGCAUUUGCUGGAUGGUGUGACCGGUGGUCAUUCCUUGGCCACCAGCAGUUCGCCGAGGUUUGAUGUUUACGGGAAUGAUUUUGGGUGGGGGAAGCCGGUGGCGGUUCGAAGUGGCGGCGCCAAUAAAAGACAUGGGAAGAUUACGGUGUUUGCUGGGGCGGAGGAAGGUAGUAUUGACAUUGAAGUGUGUCUCCCUAUUGAGAUUCUGGAGGCAUUGGGAAAUGACCCUGAAUUCACUCAUACCAUUUCCAGUUAAUUGAGGUUCAAAGCAAAACAUUGGUUUAGUUCAUUCCAUUUCAGUUCAUUUCAGAUUCAUGGGUAUGUAUGAUUAUUCAUAAUGAUAUUGGUAUUGUGACAUUAUAGUAUUUUACAUUUGUAUUGGUCUGGACUUUUGGGAUUUCUGGUGUAGUUUCUCCAGAUGCAAGUCAACACAAAGGGAUGAAUAGAUUCAAUGUCCUGAAAAUGAGAUGUAGAUUGAUUCUGAUUUGCUCACAUGGUCCUCUUUGGCAGGAUGUGCUCAGGACAAUGAUGUCAACAUCUCGCAUGGUCCUUAUUUAAUAGGUUCUUUUAUGUUAUAUAUGGUUGAUGAUUGAUCUGAACAUUGCACGAA